AUGGAUCAGCCUCAGAGAGAACUAGUGAGUGACCUCUCCAAGGCCACACAGCUACCUCCCGCCGGACUCGGCGCAGGACCCCCUCCCUCCCGGCGGCCGCAGGGUGGGGGCGGGCGAGGCGCGGCGCAGGGAGGCGGAGAGGCCGGGCGAGGUCCGCUUCAAGAGGGGGCGUGUGGCCCGAGGAGCUCGCGCUCUAGCAACUCGGGGCGGGCGACGCGGCGGAGGAGGGAGAAAGUUUGCUUCCCCGACGUCAGCGCCGGGCGGGCCGCGCGGCGGCCGGGGCGAGGAGGCGGCGGGAGCGGGGCCGAGCGCGGGGCGGCCGGGGCGCGCUCGCUCCCACCCGCGCCUGCCACCCGCGCCCGCGACCCCGCGGCCCUCGCGGGCAUGGACAGCGCGGCCGCCGCCGCCGCCGCCGCCGCCUUCGCCCUGGACAAGCCGCCGCUGGGCCCGGGGCCGCCGCCGCCACCGCCCGCGCUGGGGCCCGGCGACUGCGCCCAGGCGCGCAAGAACUUCACGGUGAGCCACCUCCUGGACCUGGAGGAGGUGGCGGCGGCCGGGCGGCUGGCGGCGCGCCCCGCGGCCAGGGCCGAGGCGCGGGAGGGCGCGGCGCGGGAGCCGUCCGGGGGCAGCAGCGGCAGCGAGGCGGCGCCGCAGGACGGUGAGUGCCCCAGCCCAGGGCGCGGCGGCGCCGCCAAGCGGAAGAAGAAGCAGCGGCGGAACCGCACCACGUUCAACAGCAGCCAGCUGCAGGCGCUGGAGCGCGUGUUCGAGCGCACGCACUACCCCGACGCCUUCGUGCGCGAGGAGCUGGCCCGGCGGGUCAACCUCAGCGAGGCGCGCGUGCAGGUCUGGUUUCAGAACCGCAGGGCCAAGUUCCGCCGAAACGAGAGGGCCAUGCUGGCCAACCGCUCGGCCACGCUGCUCAAGUCCUACAGCCAGGAGGCCGCCAUCGAACAGCCUGUGGCUCCCCGGCCCACAGCCCUGAGUCCAGAUUACCUGUCCUGGACCACCUCGUCCCCCUACAGCACGGUGCCACCAUACAGCCCUGGAGGCUCGGGCCCUGCGACCCCAGGAGUCAACAUGGCCAACAGCAUUGCCAGCCUCCGUCUCAAGGCCAAAGAGUUCAGCCUGCACCACAGCCAGGUGCCCACGGUGAACUGAUGGCCAGGCCACCAGGACCCAGCUGCCUCCUGGCCUAACCAUGGCCAAGAGGGCGGACGUGCGGGGAAGCGACCUUCUCCUGUCCGCCAUCUCUGAGACAGGCUGCUUGGGCUCUCUUGCCCCCUCUCUCCAAUCCAGACUCCUGGGCCCGAGAGGCUGCUGGGAUGCCAGGAGCCUGGCUCAGCCCCUGGUCUGCAGCCGUGGGAGACUUUGGCCCCUGACCUUUGGAGGAGUUGGCCAGAGGCGGAACAGGAGCCCACCAAGGACUGCAUCGAUUUUGUGUAUUAAAACCGAAAAGCUUUUGUCUUUAAGAAAUAAAAAAAAAAAAUUUUAAGCCCCCCAAAAUUUGAGGGAGGGCGGGUGAGGGCAGCAGAGCAAUUGAGUGAGGGAUGGCCUUCUGGGGCUCUGCCCUAGCCUGCAGCAGCCGCAGGAACUGCUCUGGUUCCGGCUCGGACCCACAGCUGUGGCAGGGCCAGAUGCCCUCACGUCUGAGCCUUCUUGUGAACGAAGCCCUGGGUUGCCCUGCAGAGCCCCACACAUGGGAAGUCGGCUAGGAGAACAGAGACCCACACCUAGGUGUUUGGGAGAAGCCCUGUUGUGUGACUCAGGACAGGAUCCCUUCCCUGUCUGGACAGGGGGUGUCCCCUCUGCCCUAUGGUGGGAGGCAGGGCAGGUGACCAUGGAUUUCUGGGCUGGCCAGACUGUGGGAGGAGGGUGCAGAUGCUGCAAUGAAAUCUCUUAUCUCUGGGCAUGCAGAGGGUGUGGGACCUUCCUGGGCACUUGACUGUAGGGGGCCCUAGUCAGAUGGUCUAGGAAGUGGGUGUGCAGAGUGGGGGUCCCAGGUGGCCUCCCAGGACAGAGGAUUGCUCCUAACAGCCAAGGACACCAGAAGACCUUGUCCAAAUACCCCCCCGCCUUUUGGUAGAUGAUAACUGGGGGUGACAGAGGACACAUACGCCACCAGCUAAUGACAUCACUUACAGGGAGUUUGCAGGAAGCUGGGGUAAGGGAGUGGUCUGAAGUCAGCCUUUUCCCCCUGCCCCCAUACCACUCCUUCUGUGGGUGCACACCCUCUGGGGGAAGUUCAGAGUCAUCUCUGUCUGGAUAGUGACCUCAACCGGCCCCUAAGAAGUAGGACAGCACUCCCUGAUCCCCAGAGAGCACAGAUGACCAGCCCUUCCCGGUGAGGGCCCUGUACUGACACAGCAAUCACACCCGAUGGAGUCAAUCAGCUGGACCUUUUCCCAAGGUCUGCCUUGCCCAUGCUGCAGCAAAGUGCCCCAAGGUGUCAGCCCUCCCCACUGUGGCCACAUCUCCUAGAUGACCUCAAACACCUCAAAGCCUUAUCAUGGUCCUUGUGUGAGGGACAGUCCCCGUUUUUUUGUUUUAGGAGGUAUGGUAAUUCUAACUAUGAGUGAAGUGAGGACCCCUCCCCAUCCCCCAUCCCUCCCAUCCCCCCCCCAUAUCUUCUUCUCCACACUUUGUCUGUGAUUUCACCCUGAAUACUGGGUUCCUGUGAGCUGAGCUUUGCCCUUUCCAGAUGUGCAAACAAGCCCCAGGACGCUCACCACGUGACUUCCUUGAGGCUGGACAGUUGGGACUCUGUCAGCAGCAGAGUAUGGGGCACCGAUGAGGGUGAAGGCGUGGGGAGGAGGUAUUCUGCUGUCUGAAGGGGGCUCAGGCUUGCCUGACUAUGAGAGCCAGAGAGGGGGAGACACCUGUGCCCUGGACUGGGGUGGGGGGCAGAGGGUGGUGAGUGGUUUGGACGCAGCCAGAGCUAUAUUAGUUUGGCCUCUGCCUUGGCUAAAUGAUUUCUGGGCCCCCGCUUACCCUUCAUUCACUGAACAAAUAUGACAUGUGUGUGCCAAAUUUGUGAACAAAUUUGUGACAUAUUUGUGAACAAAUAUGAUAUGCUUGCUGUGUGCCAGGGCUCUGCCCUGGGCCUAGAGAAGAGAGCAGAGAACUGACCUGGGGUCCCUUGCUGCAGAGGCCAUGCCAAACACGGGGAGCCCCAAAGCUAGUCUAAGACAUCUGGGCAGUCUUCCUGGAAGAGGAGUCCUGGAAGGGUGAAGAGUUUGCCGCACAAAGAGAGUGGGGGAGAACAUUGUUUCUGGCUAAGGGAACAGUGUGUGUGAAGGCCCUGGGGGAAGCAAGCCAAAAGCUGUUUCUCUGCGCCAGUGGGAUAAUUGCAGGGCUGGAUCUCUUGAUGCAGGAUGAAGGUGGAGAGAAGCAGAGGCUGGCUCCUGUGGGGCCUGCGUGGCCAGAUCUAGAAGUUGGAUGUCAUCUUGCCAGUGGGGAGCCGUGGAGGGGAUUGGCUGGGUGGAGGGACACCCCCGCCCCAGGUUCUGUGUGGAGGAGUGGCCAUAGGGCUAGGAGCAGAGGCAAAGAGACUCCUGCAGAGGCCAGGGCAGAUGUCCAAGGAGGGGCGGCAACGGCCUGGACCAGAUGGGGACAGAGAGCGCAGAUGUGGGAGGUGUCCCAAACACACCAGGGGCACAGGUAAUGAUCGGAUGAUGAGCUGAGGGAGCCAAGGGAGGCUAGGGGCACCAGGAUUGGGCUUAGGCACACAGAAGUGCCGGGGAGGAAGAAGACCCUGGAAGCAGGACCUGCCGGGCAGAGGUGUCGGGAAGAUGCUGGCCUGCCCUUCCACCCAGACAGGAGCUGGGGCCUCCCUCGUGAGCAGCUCACCAUUCCCCCUACCCCAGGAAUCUGCACCAGCCAAGGGCCGGCCUACCGGGCCAGAGCAGCCCUCCGGGCAGGGCAGCCAAGCAGGCCUCUUUCUUCCCCAGAAGCACUCAACCAAUAGCAAGUGACAGGCCAGCCCAGGCACUGGCCAGCGCUCCAGAGCUCAGAUGGGGGCACAGCGGUCUUUCUAAUCCAAAGGGAGGGUGCCAUGGAGCAUCGCCAGGCUGGGGCUGCCGGCAGCAGGGAUGGGGUCACCCUGGGAAGAAGGCUCUGGUUGGGGCCUAGAAGGUAGGUCCCAAGAACACCAGCUUCAGAAAAAGCUGGGGGCCUGUUUCCCACGGAGGCACUGGCCCUGCCAUUGGGCCACAAGGACGUCAAUGUCACUUCCUCCCAAGCAUGCUGGAGAAAACAAACCGGCUUAAUCGUUUACACAUGCUCCUCCUGGGAGCGAGGGAGGGGACACAGCAGCCCUCCCUGCAACAGGCUGUCGCUAUUGUCGCCCUAAUUGCAGGGCUGUGUGGGCAGCCUCCUGGGCACCCGUCCCAGGAUAGAAUUUUCCAUGAGGAUAAGGUACCCAAGGCCUUGGCCCAGGCUGGGAGAACUUGGAAUCUUCCUCUGUCCGACUCCUUCUGCCCAUUUGGCCAAGCAGGCUUGGGAGAGGACAUUGUGUGCAUUUGCUGCUAGUUUUUUGUUUGAAAUAAAAGAACUUGAUUGAAAGAAAGAGAAAAGGCAGUCUGGCUCUUGCAAAACCCCAAACCUGAGAAAUAGAGACCAGUUUUACCUUGGGCACAGCACUUCUGCAAGCCUUUUCUGUGAAAUGGGCCUGGCAACAGGUAGCAAGCACCCAAGACACCUCACGGGAUUGUCGCACAGUUACUUUCUAUAAAUGGACACUUGGGUGUUUAUGAUCAAGGGGCACAGAGUAGAAUUUGAGGGAGUCAGAACACUCCACGUCCUGGGGUGCAAUAGCACUUCUCCUGACCCCAGGACUCAGCACACGCGCUUCAGCGGCUCUGUCCCGUCCCUUCCAUGCCCACACUCCAGGAGCGCCCUUGAGGACCAGAGCAAAGUGGCAUUCCCUGCCCUUGUACCCCUGUCAUCUGCCCCUGGAGGGCGCUGUGAGGUCGCAACUGGGCGCAGAGUUGGGUCCACCCAGCCUUCUCUUCAGAGAAACAAGCAAAUCCCAAAUCACCAGCAGGGGUCACAGCAUAAAACUCGGCACCAGCCUUCCAGAAAAUGUCCCGACAGUCGUGAAAAUGUUCACAUGCCGUCACCAGGAAUUCCAUCUCUAAGCCCCACUUGGAGAAAGAAUCCAAAAUUGGGGGUAAAAAGCCAGUAUGUGCUGACCUGUUAAGCACACAUCUCAUCCACGCGAUGUAGAAACUCUGGGAAGGCACAAACACAAAUAUAAAUAUUAUAGUUUAAAUUGUUAUACUGGCUUGCAAUCCGCUUGUCUGUGUAUUUUCUGUGAUGUGGCUAAUAUCCUCAUAGAGAAACAGAACGAGCAGGCCUGUGUAGUAAUCUCAACUGCAUAAAGAGCUCCUUUUUUUUUUUU